UCUCUAGGAUGCUGCUGAACCACCUUUGAACAAGAUGCAUCCCCAUGAGAACUCAUCAUGUCACUAAUGUGUUUGUGAAAUCGCAGUUGGUGAAGCACGUUAUUUUAACUUCUUCAAUUGCUGCUGUUACAUUUAAUGGAAGGCUUCUGACUCCUAAAGCAGUAGUUGAUGAUACCUGGUUUUUCGAUCACAAACUUUGUAAGGAGUCGAAGUCAUGGUACUGGUAUGUGCUUUCAAAGACAUUGGCUGAAGAUGCUGCUUGGAAAUUUGCAAAAAAAAAAAAAUUAACCCAGCAAUGGUGAUUAGACCUCUUCUGCAACUAGUACUUAACACAAGUGCUGCUGGUGUUUUGAAUGUAACUAAUGGAGAAGCCUUAUUCCGAUAAAGUUGCUCAGCUUAAAGCAGAAUAUGAGAAGGCUAUGGAAAGUUAUAAUGUUGCUGAAGCAGGAAGAGAAAAGGGAGAAGGAGAAGGAGAUCAUGAAGAGGGCUGAUGAAAAAUAUGAUAAGGAAGAAGCUGCGGCCAGUGAAGAUGAGGAGUUUUAAAAGCAAAUGGUAGCAGGAGUUCUUCCCACAUCAACUUUUUGUUAAUCAUAGUUCUGCUGUAUAUCACAUUUUGGUUUUCCA